AUGUCUACAUCACAAGGAACCCGAGGCAGAGGACGUGGACGAGGAUCAACUCAUGAAUCUAGUCCUGCACCUCCAUCAAUUUCUUCUCGCACUGAAGUCUCCAAUACUUCAACACCAACUAGUAUUGAAACUACUCCAACUUCUGCUGCUUCUAUUGUCCAAGAAUCGAUAUUACCAACACCUGAAACGAGUAGACCUGAUACAGGUUUCUCAACAGCUUCAAGCGAUAUCCGUUCGUCAGAAGUUGUCUCACCGCCUACUUCACUCGGCCGUGGUCGUGGUGGUGUACGUUUGAAACAAAAUAUUGCACCAACAGAUCCUCAUUGGACUGUAAACAACUUAACAAAAGAACAAUUCCACUCAAAUUAUCGACCAAAAAAGCCUCAACAACUAGGAGAUCUUGGUGAACAAAUCAGAGUCAUUGCCAACUAUUUUCCCAUUCUAAAAUUUCCACAUAAGGGUCUUGUCUAUAAAUAUCAAAUUCAAAUUCGGAAUAAGAAAGACUUCGAAAUUCAUCGUGAACGUCGACGUUUACUGUACAGUAUUUGGUUAAAAGCAUUUAGUCAAAAAUAUCCACAAAUUGAUAAACAUAAAAUUGUGUUUGAUAAUCAAUCAAGACUACUCACAUUUGAUGAACCAUUACCUGAUAUAUUUGAAGAUAGUGUUAUUGAAAUCAUCAGUGGUCCUAAUCGUUCUAAUAAACAAGAACAACAUACAGUGAUAGUUCAGAAAGUUGGAAGACCAGUUGAUUUAUCUUUGCUUGGAAACUUAGAUGAAUUAUUCCAUCCAGAAGCUUUAUCAAAUAAUAAUAUUCAAGAUCUUGAAGAAGUGAGAAAUGUGUUAUCGAUAGCAUUACAUGAACAUUGUUCGUCACAUGCAGCAUUUGUUUAUCAUCGAUCAUUUUUUUCACCCGCGAUAGCGGGACAACAUGGAGAAUGGGAUCUUGGACUUGGAAAAGCACUGUGGCGUGGAUUUUAUUCAUGUCUUGUUUUUGCUAAAGGAACUCAUCAUCUCCUUAUGAAUCUUGAUGUCAAGCAUACAGUCUUUAUGAAAAAACAACCAUUUAUUGAGUUUCUCUGUGAAAUCAUGUUACACAGUCCAUCUGGAAAAAGAACAUAUGGUCGUCAAAAAAAUAUCUUAAAAGCUGAUGGUAGAGAUGUUCUUAGAUUUCUUGAUACCAACAAUCCAGCCUAUCAACAUGAACUCGAUUUUCUUGUCAAACAUUGUAAACGUAAGCAUCUCAGUUUUUAUAUUAUACACAAACUUCGCAUAUUUAAAUUAGAUCUUCGUGUUCGAUCACAAGAUGCAACUAAACCUAUUAUUUAUGAAAUUCAGAAACUUGCUUUACCAGCAUCAAAACAAGAAUUUAUAUGGAAAUCAAACCAAAACCGAGUGACUACAGUUCAAAACUAUUGCAAGGAACAUCGUAAUACAGAAUUACUAUAUCCAUCAUUACCCACAUUACAAAUGCGUAAUGGAUCAUAUUUACCAAUGGAACUUGUUGAUGUUGAACCUGUUCGAAUGAAGAAAAUCACUGAUGAACAAAGAGCUCUUGUAUGUAAGAGUUCGUCAAUGAAACCAGAUGUAUAUUACAAAUCAAUUGAAAAGAUUCGUGAAGAUCCUAAACAACAAUGUUUCGAACAAGACCCAUUUGUUGCUGCUUGGAAUCUUAAUAUAGAUGCUCGAAUGAUUGAGUUACCAGCACGUGUACUACCUAUGCCAGAGAUAGUUUAUACUGAUCAAUAUCGGGUUACUUCAAGAGGAGUCCGAGAGGUGGGUGUCUGGGAACACAAGUCAACAAAGUUCUAUAAACCAGCCGAUUUUCCAAGCGUUUGGGGGCUGAUAAAUUUAUCACCGAUCACCGAAGAAGCAUGUAAAGCUUUCUAUGAUGAACUAAGAAAUGUGGCAGAAGUUAAAGGUAUGCGAUGUUGUCCGCCCGAAAUAUAUGAACCAAUGGAUGCUACGACAAACGAGAUGGCUAAAAUCGAAGUUAUGUUGAGAGAUACAAUAAGGAACAAUGGUAACUGCAAAUUUUUUCUUGUCAUUUUACCACCUAAAGGCCAUCAUACAAACAAAGAAACGUAUAAAAACGUGAAAAAACUGUGCGAAUUAGAAUUUGGUAUAGGGAUAGUUACUCAGAUGAUCGAGAUAAGCAACGCCGUUAUCGGUACUAGAGAUAACAAAAAUAAAUGGGAUUAUGCAAAACUAAGUAAUAUUUUAUUGAAAAUCAAUACAAAAUUAAAUGGGACAAAUUCAAUUCUCACAACGGAUUCCACUAUCGAUCGAUUCUUUUCACGUGGUCAUCGCAUCAUGUAUGUUGGUGCUGAUCUUAGUCAUCCAGCACCAGGCACUGCUAGUCAAAUCUCAACUGUCGCUGUGGUUGCAUCAGCUGAUGAUAUACCUAAUCGAUAUUUUAAAGAAGUUUAUCAACAACACCGACCAUCACAAACACGUGGAGAAAGUCGAGAAUAUAUUGUUGACAUGAAACAAAUUAUGAAAUCUCUAAUUAGUCAAUAUGAAAAACUACGAGGUUAUCCACCAACAGCAAUUGUUUUCUUUCGAGAUGGCAUAUCUGAAGGUGAAUUUGAUUCUGUCUUCGAAAAAGAACUUACAUCAAUACGUGAAGCUUGUGUUACACUAUCACCAUGUUACAGACCAUACCUAACAUAUAUUGUUGUUAGCAAAAGACAUCAUACACGAUUCUUUCCAACUACAUCAGAAAAGAAUGUUAAAGCUGGUACUGUUGUUGACUCUCAUGAUGUAACUCAUGCUCUUCAUUAUGAUUUCUAUUUGAAUAGUCAUCAUAGUCCACUUGGCACAAGUCGACCAACUCAUUAUUAUGUAUUAUAUGAUGAUAAUAAUCUAAAACCAAAUGAAGUUCAGAUGUUAACAUAUGCACUUUGUUAUACAUAUUCUCGAUGUACUCGUUCAGUUUCCAUCCCAGCACCAGUAAAAUAUGCUGAUUUAUUAGCAACUCGUGCAGCUCUCUAUGUCAAGAGUGAUGAUCAAUCAGACACUGAAUCGAUUUCAUCUGGGCCGAGAAUUCCGACGAAUGAAGAUGUUGAUAUAAAUAAUUCGAUAAAAAGUGAACGUAUUGUUUUAAAUCAAAAACUACCACCAGACUGCCCUUUCUUUCUAUAG